CAGGCUGUGAUUGGUGGAGUGCUGUGAUGGGGCGGAGCUUGCCUUUACCUGCUUCAGGCAAGAGUGAGAGUUGAGUACAGGAAACCGCAAAGAAAACAGCCGAUAGAACGACUGUGUUUGUUGGAUUAUUCUGAAAUUGGUUGCUCCAUUGAGAGGUUUUCAGUUAUAGUUGACAUUUGGCUAUGAGCAAGUCCUGGAUCAACUUCCCCUUACAGCUAGCUGCAUUAUACAUCAUUGCAGCGUGUCUAAAUCAUGCAGCUCUUACGUGGGCUAUAAAGGUGACGUCCACAGGACCACAGACGCUCAAGAAAGCCCAGGGGGAGAGUGUUUCUUUGGGAUGCACGUACACUCUGGAAGCAGCAGAUGUCGGAGACCUGGACAUUGAGUGGACAGUCGUCAGUCAAGACAUGACCCAGAAAGAUGAGCUGAUCUUAUCCUACACGGGAGGGAAACAGUAUCAGCUAGGAAACCCAGACCUGAUGAGUCGCAUGAAGUUUGUCGGCGACCCGAGCCGCGGCGAUGCCACGAUCACCUUCUCCACCCUCAAGGUCUCGGACACGGCCACGUACCAGUGCAAAGUGAAGAAGACACCGGGCAUCGACUCGAGGAAAGUCACUUUAGUGGUGCUUGUGCGACCUUCGUCCCCUAAAUGCUGGGUGGAAGGUAGCGAGGAGAAGGGCGGAACCGUUUCGCUCCGCUGCAAAUCCUCCCAGGGUUCAUCACCUCUAAAAUAUGCAUGGACAAAGGAAGGUGGAAACAUGCCACCAACCGCAACACAGAGUCCCCUGACCGGAGAGCUGCUGAUCAGAAACCACAGCGAGAGCUACACGGGGAAGUACGUUUGUGAGGUCAGCAAUGAAGUAGGCGCAGAACGCUGCACAUACGCCCUUCAAGCUUAUAACCCAACCAAUAAAGUGGGAGUGAUUGUGGGAGCUGUGAUUGGUGCUUUGCUGCUGCUGCUCCUCCUCCUUUUGCUGAUCUGGCUCCUGAUUUGCUGUUGCAACAAGCGGCGCUAUGAAAAAGAGGUCGCCAAUGAGAUCAGGGAGGACACUGCAGCUCCGGAGAGUCGCCCGGGAAGCCGUAACUCCAGCUUCCGUUCCGUAAUGAAUUACCGCGUCCACCCGGGCAUCUAUUACAGCUCUGUACAGAAUGCCGAUGUCAUACGGGCCGGAUCCGGGCGCAGCAGCACCCACACCGAACGCAGCCGAGCCCAAAGGGAAGCCAGCAUGCUUGCAUCUGAUCACAGGCCUCCGCUCACAUAUGACAGCAAAUAUGGAUACCCUGUAUAACCACUGACAUGCUGCCAGGGCAAACUGCGCUGAAAAGAUGCAAUACCAUGCAAGACCAUGGCAAGAUUUGAGGACAUUAUUACUGCACAGAAGAAAAUUCACAUUUGUGAAGGAUAGAUAUAUGCUAAUAUGUGUAUAUAUUGUGUUGAUGUAUUUUUUGUAUGAUUGUUUUAUAAGUGUUUAUAUAGUUGUUUUGGUGAAAUGUGGUCAAAACGAUGAAUAUAUUAAACUAACAAGCCUUCUAAUUUCUUUAUAACAAUAAAUUCAGUCUUUAAAGAUUGAAAGUAAAACAUA